CGCAGCCUUUACCUUAUUCCUCGAUGGACGACCAAACCAAACCACCGCCGAAUCACGACGAUCCAACGGCCGAGGACGACGGCGAUUCCUCCUCCACCGUCCUCGAUCUCACCAGCUGCCAACUCCACUCCCUCGAAUCGGUUGACUUACCGCCGAGUCUCACCGAGCUAGACCUCACCGCCAACCGCCUCUCCACCUUGGACACUCGCAUUUCCGCCCUCUCCAGCCUCGCCAAGCUCUCCUUCCGCCAGAACCUCCUCGAAGACGCCGCCGUCGAGCCGAUCUCCGCCUGGACCGCCCUCUCCGGCCUCGAGGAAUUGGUGCUGAGGGAUAAUAAGCUGAGGAAAAUACCAGACGCGAGUAUCUUCCAGAAGCUUCUGGUUUUCGACGUCUCCUUCAAUGAGAUUACAUCGCUUCAGGGAAUGUCCAAGGUCUCCAGCAACCUCAAGGAGCUCUAUGUCUCCAAGAAUGAAGUUACGAAGAUCGAGGAGAUUGAUCACCUCCAUGAGCUUCAAAUUCUCGAGCUCGGUUCGAAUCGGCUGAGGGUGAUGCAGAGUCUGGAGAAUAUGACAAAGUUACAAGAGCUAUGGCUGGGCCGGAAUCGUAUCAAGGUUGUUGAUUUAUGUGGGCUGAAGUGCAUCAAGAAGAUUAGCUUGCAAAGCAAUCGGCUAACUUCCAUGGCUGGAUUUGAGGGUUGCGUUGCGCUGGAGGAACUGUACUUGAGCCAUAAUGGUAUUUCCAAAAUGGAAGGCCUCUCGACGUUGGUUAGCCUGCGUGUGUUGGAUGUAUCUAAUAACAAGCUAACAGCAGUGAAUGAUAUUGAAAACUUGACAAUGUUAGAAGACCUGUGGCUUAAUGACAACCAGAUAGAAUCAAUUGAAGGCAUUGCUGAGGCUGUUGUUGGUUCAAGAGAGAAGCUGGCUACUAUCUAUCUCGAACACAAUCCAUGUGCAAAAUCUCCCAACUAUUCUGCUGCAUUGAAACAGACCUUCCCGAACAUUCAGCAGAUUGAUUCUUAUAUGUUUGCUUAAAAGUUAUGGUGGUUUCAGUUUUGUCCACAUGAUUUAUAUGAAGAAGCACUGGAAUUCCAAGCUGCAAUACGGGUGUUCUUUCAGGACUCCAAACGACACUGGCCAAUGUUUGUGUUCUCAUGUAACCGAUUUGCAGGCCAGUGUUCAGCCCGUACCAGAAGGACAUGCUCUGUAGAUGGGUACCAGACUAGGCAUAUUUAUUGAAAAUUGAUGUCACCGGUUUCUAGAGUUGACUGAAUUUCAUGUUAUUUAGUUUACCGUCUAGUCUUACUAUACUCUUAUUCAUUUCAUACUUUAUGAGGUGAUGUGAGAUUUGGUCCUUCCCAAAUGACUUCUGAUCGUGUUAUCAGGUUGUGAGAUUUCAGACUCAAAACUUACAAUUGA